CAAGCUAUCACUGCGGUCGGUAGGUUUCACCCAUACACUCUCCAUCGGCGAAUGCACGCGCAUACAUGCACACGAGCGCACGUUCGUGUAUUUGUUUAUACGCUUGUUCAUACUACUUGUAUGAUCGCGCAUUCGUCUAAUUGCACAUUAAUCUACGCGUCGAUGCGAUCAUUCACGUUGUCAAUUAAACCAGCGGUCGAGACCUAGAUGAAAACAUGAGAUCGUCAUUUUCGAACGUAGUUUGAACGAUUUGAAUUUCACUUAGACUCGUCAAAGCCCUCAAGUUUCUCAGGCGUACGAUUGUUCUUUUUUCUCAUUUUGAUAAAUCGAGAAUCGUGUUGCUAUACCGAUGCGAAGAUGUAUAAGAAACUUUGAUUGGACUAAACAGACUCGUACCGUGUUGUCGCGACGGUGGUUGUGAAAGUGACCGUGAAGAUUCCGUUACUACGAGACAGUUCUCAACGGAACCAGUCACACAGGAUGAGACGGACAUUUGAAAUCGCAGCCCUUUACUUCCUGCUGCUGUCGAUCGUCUCCACGUACGUCGUCUCCGUCGCCGGCUACAAGCACUCAAGGCGACACCGAGACUUUACCGUGGCCGAGAGCUACGACGCAACAUCGUCCAACGGUGACAGCCAUUCGAUGACGAUACCGCCGCCGUCGAUCGAUCGAUCCUCGCUUCACGAGGAGUCGUACCUUCCUGAAAGUCGGCAUCCGAUCGAUGCCUGCGCGACGAAAUAUUGCGGGAUCGGCAAGGAAUGCGAACUCUCGCCGAGCAACACCACCGUCGCCGUCUGCGUUUGCAUACGAAAGUGCCCGCGAAGGCAUCGGCCGGUCUGCGCCAGCAACGGCAAGAUCUACGCGAAUCACUGCGAGCUGCACAAAGCUGCCUGCCACUCGGAGUCACCGUUGACCAGAAGCAGACUGAUGCGAUGUCUACAUCACGACAUCGAGAACGCUCACAUUCGAAGAACCCUGCACGUGAAUAGAACGUCGCCCAAAACGGGCAAGAUCGUUUCUUAUCCGAGAUCGAGGAGUCGAAAGAAGGGCGGUUUGAAGGAUAACUUGAUACCGGACAAGAACGACUCCGACUCGAAGGAGUGCUCGAAUCAAGAAUACGAAAUAAUGAAGGAUAAUUUGCUACUCUACAAUCACGCGAGAUUAAUGUCGCAAGACAACCACAGCAAAGAAUACCUCGUUAGUAUAAUGUUUUCUCACUACGAUCGAAAUAACAAUGGCAACUUGGAACGCGAAGAACUGGAACAGUUCGCAGAGAACGAGGACUUGGAAGAGUUGUGCAGAGGCUGCAAUCUUGGUCACAUGAUCAGCUACGACGAUACGGACGGCGAUGGGAAACUGAACGUGAAUGAAUUUUACAUGGCGUUCAGUAAACUUUACAGUGUCUCGGUAGUAUCUCUGGACAAAUCCCUCGAGGUGAAUCACAUCUCUGCCAGGGUGGGCGAUAAUGUGGAAAUUAAAUGCGAUGUCACGGGAACACCGCCGCCGCCGUUAAUGUGGCGCCGCAAUGGGGCUGAUUUAGAAACGUUAAACGAAUCUGAGAUUCGAGUGUUCAACGAUGGUAGCCUUUAUCUAACGAAAGUGCAACUGAUACACGCUGGAAAUUACACUUGCCACGCAGUUAGGAACCAAGACGUCGUUCAAACUCACAUACUAACUAUUCACACGAUUCCCGAAGUGAAGGUAACACCGCGAUUCCAAGCGAAACGUUUAAAAGAGGAAGCGAGUAUAAGGUGUCACGUGGCUGGUGAACCUCUUCCGCGAGUGGAAUGGUUGAAAAAUGACGAAGCGCUGAACCACGAUCAACCGGACAAGUACAAUCUUGUUGGAAACGGUACCAAGCUCGUCAUUAAAAACGUUGAUUACGCCGACACUGGAGCGUACAUGUGUCAAGCUAGUAGUAUCGGUGGAAUUACUAGAGACAUCAGUAGUUUGGUGGUUCAAGAACAACCUACUCCAACGACCGAGAACGAGGAGCGAAGAUUCUUUUCUUUCCACAAUUGGGGCAUUCUGGUAUACGAGCCGUCUACUUGCCGGCCGCGGCAUGAAAUUCGAUCUACGGAUGUCAUACCUGGUACACAGGAAUACGUGUGUGGCGUUCAGGGUGUUCCUUGUUCGUGGGGACGUGCGAUCAAUGUGGCAAAUCGGUACGUGUACGUCAGCCAACCGGAUAAAGAUCGUGUACUUGUCAUCAGCGAGAUACAAAUGGUCAUAGUCGACGUGGUACCGACCGACAAGAAUCCUGUUCAGCUCUGGUACGUUCCCUCUCUUGAUCAAGUAUGGAUAUUGAACUGGCGGAACGAGAAAGACAUCGAUGUAAAAACCGUACAAGUAAUAGAGGAUGCUGCUCAAAAGAAAAAGCACCGAGCCAUUCGACCAGAGCCGAUCGAUGCGCAAUUUGAUAUAAUUCAAAACAUUUAUAUACCCGAACCACAAGAUAUUGAAAACGUGUUCAAAUACGGUUACGUGAGUCACGCGAAUCAACGUAACAUGUAUAAACUUGAUUUGAAAAAUAUGAAAUAUACACGCAGCGCCGAUCUAAGCUCUUACAACUGUGUUCCAGUGAAUGUCCAAUUUUCAGUUCUAUAUGGAUUCGUAGUGAUCGAAUGUCAAGAACCAGUUACCAACCGACCAACGGGUCAAUUGUUGCUUGAUUACCUAACUGACACCGUUCUUGCGUACAAGCCGAAUCUUUUAGGAAAACCAACAAUAUCACCUGAUUCUCGUCACCUUGUCACUUUAGACAAACAGGACACAGGCGUAACUCUAGUCGUACAAGAAAUAUCUUCCGAUGGUCUAAAAUUCGCAUUCGACGUAAAAACGACAUUGAAUAUCAGCGAUAUCGCGCUCUACCCGUCACAAACGACACAUGGUUACGAUAUUUACGCAUCAUCCAUUGACAAAGAGAACAUUCUCUUCCUCGACUUAUCCACUGGUAAAGUAGAAAUGAUAACAGGCGUAGGUAAAGCAACGUCGCCUAAUUUAACGAAAUGGGGAAAUCCAAAUAGGCCAAUUGUACAAAGUGGCAUAUUUGGCAAAUACAUGGUCAGCCCAUCUAGCGAUGCACUGUUCGUUUUAAACGGCGAAACCCGAACGAUAAAUUGCGAGAUCGGAGGCCUGGAACAUCCUGGAGCAGUGGUAUGGUUCACAGUGUCUUUACAUUAAGCAAUCAAGAAAUUUUAACAACGAUACACGGCGCGUAUAGAUAAAGAAAAGUAGCCAAGCACAGAAGAAACAGUGAUAUGUACAUCACCAUUUGAACAAAAAGAGUAGAAUAAUUGUAGUUUCGUUAGGUUAGAAAAAGGAACGGUUGAAACAAAUUUUGAGAAAUAUAUUCUAACACCAACAUACCAUUAUUUAUGGUUAUCGUUAAAAUAUCUAAAAAGUUUCCGAGUACCGCUCUUCAAUAAUUAAUGGCGUAUUUUUGACACCAUCGAGCGAACAAACGUUUUUGAUCGUUACAAUGCAAAUAUUUAUCGCGGAACAUUUAUCGAUAAGGUUUUUAAUGUACAUACCAAAGAUCGUCUUUUACAUAUAUAUUUAACGUACCUAAUCGUUACCCUAUCGGUGGCCUUAGUUUCCCUCGAUUUUGCAUAUCUCAAUCUUUGUACUCGUAUAUUUCUCUUUUGAAAUAAACUUUCGAUGGCUAUAAAGAUACAAUUCUUCCAAAUAGCAAUUAGAACAAUGCGGUAUUUCCUACCCAAUAUUGUAAAUUAUUGAAUCCUAGUAUUACUGAACUCAAUCUAACGAAACAAUAUACAAAUUUCGCAAUUUUUAUUUCCAACAAAAUAUUAAAAAUUUUUCAUUUUUCAAUACCAAGAUUCAAUAUUGUAACCAAGGAUUCAUUUAUAUUAAUUGGUUAAUUUAAAAAAACAAGAAACAAUCAUAAAAUUACAUAAAGUACCGAGUAAACACAAAUAUAAAACGAUAUAAUCAGUUCCUAGUUGGCAGGUUUUGAUCGAAAAAUUGAAACAGUUUCUUUCAAGAUAAUUUUUACAAUAACUUGUACGCCAAAAACGUAUAAUACAGUCAUCGAGCCACAAAUAGUAUAUUAACAACGGGUAUGAUGAUUAUGUAUUAUAACGCAUGCGUGUGUCGAUUGUACGCGUGAGGAUACGAGCGCAUAUAACAAGUAAAAUGAAUAUCUUGUAAUAAAAUUACAACAAAACUAAUUUAAUAAAUAAUCUGCAAAUACAAACUUUUUUUGCUACAAUGUACAUGCAGAUUACGAACAUCUUAGCAGUCUUGUAUCCAUUCAGAUAAAAAGAAAAUAAUGAUACAGUUGAAUGGUUACACUCCAUCGUUAAGGAUCGUACUUUUUAAGUGUGUCUAGUCGUAACGUUCGCCUUUAUUCACUAAUAAAUUACGUCUGUUCAAAA